AUGGCUCCGACCAACAACCACAGGACAAGAUGUGGUGACACCCGUUUUCCCCGAAACGUAAUACUUUUGUUGGUUACCAUCUUUGUUUUUUUGAUGGCUGCUAUCAGCAUAGCAUGGCUUGUCAUGCACCCACAUGACCCUGGUUUUGCGGUGACGUCACUUUCUGUUACCAACUUCUCUCUCUCAGACUCCCAGGUACGAGGAAGGUACGAGGUUGGACUAACCAUAACAAACCCAAACAAGAUCAUAACCCAGGUGGUGCUUCACCGUCAGGGCUCCUUGCUGCUUUACGAUUCUGAGUUGUACUCGAAGGCUGCAGUGCAAACAACCGUGAACCUGGAGAAGUUGACCAACAAGAGUGUGAAGGUUGACUUUGAAGUGAAGGACCAACACCAGAAGGUGGUGCCUCCGAUUCUGGGUCGGGACUUAAACAAAGGGGUGGUGAACUUCAACGUGGUUUUGAAGGUUACGGUUAGAUUCGAAGCUGGGAUAUGGCCAAGCAAGGAUGAGUUAUUGGAUGUUACUUGUAAGGAUCUGGAUGUGGAGUUCCACCCUAAAACAAAAGGCACUGGCAACCUUCUGGGUAUUGGGAAGAACUGCUCCACAAAGAAUGCUGCAGGGAGAACUUGA